AGUCUCCAUAGAAAUAUGUCGGUUAAAUGUGGUGCAUUUUUCCAGAAAGGAGAUAUUUUGAAAAAGGUGUUGGUUAUCUCUUUCAUUUUUAAUUUUAUUUUAUUGUUUGUUUUUGUAACUCUACUCGCUUUGAGAAGUAACAUACACCAUAAAAGUCUAAAGGAAGGCAGUGAUACUCAUGCCGGGAGACUUGUUAACAACUUUUUGGAAAUGGACACUGGAAUUAAAUUAACAGAAGACAGUGUAUGUGUUUCAUGUGAUGAACUUGGAGACAGUGUAGAGGCCAAAGAGACACUUUAUCAGUUUAUUAUGAAAACAAAAUGUGGGGCAAGAUUUUGCUGUUACAAAGACAAAGAUCUGAAAGCGUUUAUAUCAAAGAUUUUGGAACUCCCUGGACAACGUUCUACAACAGGUAACAUGGCAAAUUUGCAACAAAAUUUCCACUGGUGGUCCAAUCGUUCAAACGCAGCUCACUUGUUUCUGAAUCACACAAGUUCCCCACCUCAGUGGACAGCUAGCAAUAUUCCAGGUUUCUCCUUUUCAAAUUUACCGAUCACGGAGAACCGGCUUCAGAUUCAGAGAGAGGGCAUUUACUAUGUCUACGCAGCAUUCUCUUUAAAUCUCAGCAAGUGUGGACCAGGUAUUCCUCAGAUGUAUCAUAAUAUAACAAGUCAGCAUCCCUUGCUGAAAAACACCGGACCAGAACUUCACUUCAUGAACAAAUAUGGAGGAUUUGCAAGAUCUGGGAAAACUCGCCAUACCAGUUUCUUGAGUGGAAUCCUUCAUUUAAGGCGAGGAUUUGAAGUCGCAACUCAGAUAUCAACAUCUUCAUUUCUAGACCAAACAAAAUAUUCAAACUUUUUCGGAUUGUUUGCAUUAAAUAUUUAAUUUUUUCAAUGUUUGUGCAAGUUUUGCUUUUCUUGUGUAUAUACAUGUUAAACAUCUAUUUAUUGAUUGAUAAUAAAAAUGAAAUAGAAA